AUGGGGCCGGAGGUUAGGUGAGAAUGGGGUUAGGGGCCGGGCUGGGUCAGGGGCGCAGGGAGGAUUGCCCCUCUCCAGUACCCCCAACACCGCUCACUCCACCAACUCCACUGUUCCACAGCGUGCCCGGGCCUCUCCUCCUGCUGCUCGUCGCCCUGUGUGCCUGUGCCCGAGGCCUCGGCCCGGAGCCCGACCAGCUUUUCCAGCCGCCGCCCGGCUGGGUGUCCCUGGGCCGUGUGGGUCCGGAUGAAUCGCUGAGCCUGACGUUCGCCCUGAAACAGCAGAACCUGCAACAACUGCAAAAGCUGGUGCAGGAUGUAUCGGACCCUGGCUCUCCCCGAUACGGGAAGUACCUGACUCUGGAAGAUGUUGCUGCAUUGGUCCGACCAUCGAUAUUCACUCUUAGCACUGUCCACAAAUGGCUUCAAGCAGCUGGAGCCCAAGAUUGCCAAACAGUGAUCACAGAGGACUUCCUGACCUGCCAGAUGACUGUCCAGCAAGCAGAGCAGCUCCUUCCUGGGGCAGAGUUCCAUCGCUUUGUUGGGAGAUUGGGGGGAGGCCGUGUUGUGAGGUCCCCACGUCCAUACAGCCUCCCAGGGGCCCUGGCUGCCCAUGUGGAUUUUGUGGGUGGUCUUCACCGGUUCCCUCGAGCUUCUUCCCUACAGCAACGGCCGGGGCCAAAGCUGGAUGUAGAGGACUCCCUAGGCCUGCACCUGGGAGUGACCCCAUCUGUGAUUCGUGAGAGAUACAAUUUAACCGCACAAGAUGUGGGCUCUGGGUCUUCCAACAAUAGCCAGGCCUGUGCCCAGUUCCUGGAGCAAUACUUCCAUGAUGCUGACCUGGAAGAGUUCAUGAAGCUCUUUGGGAAGAGCUUCCCUCACAAAGUUUCUGUCAGUCGAGUAGUUGGGCAGCAGGGGCAUGGCCGAGCUGGUCUGGAAGCCAGUCUAGAUGUGCAGUACCUCAUGAGUGCUGGAGCCAACAUCUCCACCUGGGUGUACAGCAGCCCUGGCAGGCAUGAGGCCCAGGAGCCUUUCUUGCAGUGGCUUCUCCUACUCAGUAAUGAGUCUUCAUUACCUUUGGUACAUACCGUGAGCUAUGGGGAUGAUGAGGACUCACUCAGUACCGCCUACCUCAACCGUGUCAACGCUGAGCUCAUGAAGGCUGCUGCCCGAGGCCUCACUCUGCUCUUUGCCUCUGGGGACAGUGGUGCCGGGUGUUUCUCUGGCCCAAAAGGCCACACGUUCCGUCCCAGCUUCCCAGCUUCCAGCCCCUAUGUUACAACAGUGGGUGGGACCUCCUUCCAGAAUCCCUUCAAGGUUACAGAGGAGAUCGUGGACUACAUCAGUGGUGGUGGCUUCAGUAACGUCUUCCCAAGGCCUCAGUACCAGGAUGAAGCUGUGUCCCACUUUUUGGGCUCUUCCACCCAUCUGCCUCCAUCCCAUUACUACAAUGCAAGUGGCCGGGCCUAUCCUGAUGUGGCUGCACUCUCUGAUGGCUACUGGGUGGUUAGCAACCACAUGCCCAUCCCCUGGGUGUCUGGCACUUCGGCAUCAACCCCUGUAUUUGGGGGACUCCUGUCCCUAGUGAAUGAGCAUCGACUUCUGAAUGGCCGCCCCCCUCUUGGCUUCCUCAAUCCUCGACUCUACUCAAUGCAGGGCAGUGGCCUUUUUGAUGUAACUCGAGGCUGCCAUAUGGCUUGCCUAGAUGAUGUAGUAGAGGGUCAAGGUUUUUGUUCCAAGACUGGCUGGGAUCCAGUCACAGGUUGGGGAACUCCCAACUACCCUGCCCUGUUGAAAGCACUGCUAGACCCUUGAAACCUGAUCUUACCUUGCUCUGGAAAAAUGAUACCCUGUAAGACACCCUGCUGUUUGUUUUUUUUUUUUUUUAUCCUUGUCCCCAGACACAGUUGUCAUUUUCCAAUCUCUCAUCCUUACUACUAACACCAGUGAUUGACUUCUGCAACAAUAAUCCUAUAACUUCCUCACCCAGUAUUUUCAGGACUUAAUUCUUCCCCUUUAAUGGUUCCUAUUUCUUCAAUUUCCCCUGCAAAGCUGUUGAAGCCAAAUCUGCCUUAAGCAGUCAGAGGCAGGCAGAUGUCCUCAUCCAUUGAAGUGCUUCUCUUUCCCUCAUGUACAUUUACACUCUGCUAACCACUGUCUAUUUGUACAAAAAUAAAGCCCAUGCUCUUGUUCCCUCCCACCUUUUGAGUUGCUUGAGAGCCAGAAGGGGGGGCAUGGUUUCUCUAGUUUUCAGAGACCAAGGCUAGGGGCCCUGACCCAUGGACCUACAUACCCUACAGGUUAAUUUGUUAAAUAUCUGAAAGACUCAGUCAUUUGUCUUAUUUCAGAGAAGAAAAUUGAGACUUAAAAAGGGGAGAGGAUUUGCCCAAGUUCUUCUCAAAGUCAUACAUAUAUACUCUAGCAUAUAGUCACCAAAACAUGCUCACAUAGAGGCACUCUGUCAGACAAGACCCUAUGUCCCAUCAAACUCUCAGGGAUGUGAGUUAGGAUCCACUGACUCUAGGUCCUCCCUUUCAUUUAACUCAUUCCCAUAAUGACAUUACAGGGUAGAUCAGUGGGUGCUGAUCCUUACUUCCUUGACAUUUGCUGGGUCAGAAUGAGUCCUUGAGAUCAUCAAAUAAAAAUUUUUAUUGCUUGUAACUCCAGGAAAGAAAAGAGCAUAAAUGGGGAAGCCUUGAACCUUUUAUCUUGCUUUUUAAAAACUUUUGACUAGGGCAGGCUGAAGCUAGGCUUGGUUGCAAGGAAAUGGAAGGAGUGUCACCGAUGCAAUCAUCUUUCUCCCUGUGAGUAGUAAAUACACAAUUUGAAAAUUUUAUUAUCUGUGUAGAACCCUGGAGCACUGGAGGGAAAUAUACUAGCAAGAACAGUAUACAAGUUUAAAUGAGAGAUGAUCCCUAACCAUAUAGAGAUUAUAGUGGAAUUAGACAAAUAUAAUAUCCACUUGUAUGACAAGAGCAUUAGAAUCUUUAAAAGUCUCUAUAUCAUCUGUGAUGAGUCAUCCAUCCUAAAUAAUUCACAAUUUUAUAGCACUUUACAAUAACACUGUAAGGUAGGUAGUAGUAUUUUACAAAUAGGCUUAAACAGAACUUGGUUUUCCUAGGACAAAUAGCUAGUUGAUAUUGGAACUGGGAUUAGAACCAUUUCUCCUGCAAGUCCAUCCAACACUUUCCCACCGCUUCCAGUUUUCACUGGAAGACCUCCAGGGAAGAGGUACUGACCACUACUGAAGGAAGCUGCUUCAGUCAGUUUGUGAGGGGAAAUAAAGACUAAGUCUGAGGAGAAGAUAUUCUCAGGGAAAAUGUCAUACCCAGGCAUAAAUGAGAAAAAAUGCCUCUGACUUCAGAGGUAGAAAGCCACCUCUAGAAGAAAGGAAUUUUGGCCACUUAAAAAGAGACCAUCUAAGAAAUCCAUGAAAGAAAAAGCAAAGAUGGAGGGCGAACAUUGCCCAGAUAAAGAGAUGUAAUAUUUGGGUGGGCAAGCCAAUGAAUUUAACAUAAGAAGGUAAACGGUAUUAGAGAAAUGACAAAAGUAGAAGGAAUUGGCAAUUUCUGCAUACUGAAGGAAUGUCUAACAUACAUGUUACCGUUUUGUAAAAAUGUAGAUGAUCAAUAAAAUAAAAAUUCCAUUAAAGAG